AUGGAAGAAACAAGGCGUUUACUUCAACAAAGUAAGGACGAACUUACUGUGCCAUUACGUCAGACACCCACUCUUGAGGCGACCAUCUGGGUUGCUAAGUCUGUUGAUGAAGUGAUCAAUGGUAGUAUCGCCAGCAAGGUUGAGGUUGGCAAGAAGAGGAAAUUUGAGGGUUCUUCAAGGUCUGCCAAGAACAACAUGUCCUCGAAGUCUGGAGGAGUAGGUGAAGCAAAAUGGUGUGACAAGUAUGGAAGGAAACACAAUGGUAGAUGCCCUAAGGAAGUAACCUACUUCAAAUGCAGGAAGACUGGUCACUAUGCCCACGAAUUCCCAACCGAGGAAGAAGUUUACUUUAAGUGUAGUAAAGAGGGACACUUCAAGCAAGAAUGUCCAAUAAGAGCUACAAAACCAAGUGUACCACCGAAGCACCAUGGGAGAGUAACUUGUUUUAAGUGUGGAAAGCAUGGGCACUACACUGAUGAGUGUACAUUCAACACCAGGAAGAACUAUGGGAGAUGCUAUGAAGAAGUGACUUCUUUUAAGUGUGGGAAGAAUGAGCAUUACACCAAUAUCUGUACAUCCAGCAAGAGGUUCUAUUACGAAUGUAGGAACAAUGGACAUAUAUCAAAGGAUUGCCCAAAGAAAAGUGAAGCAGCAAGAGUGAAUGCACCUCCAAAGCCAAGAAGCAUCCCUAACGAAGCAGCUGACAACGCAAUGAAGAGUAAGGAUUGA